UAUGCCAUAGCUGCUACAGGGUGCGAUCUGAAUGCCCAUUCGCUCAGUGGCUUUACUUCGUUUUGGCAAGAAAACCCAAAUUUAGGGAAACAGAUUUAGUCAAUUCCUAUCUUCUGCUAUACAUUAGACAAAAGGAUUAUCGUUUGUCAAACUUCCAUAACCCUUUUUGCGAUUUGCUUCUGGGAUUGACUUCGUGUAUCAGUUUUGUGAGUGAUGGAAUUUUUUUAACAAAAAAAGUCAACGUAUGAGGGUAGGAAUGGAGUUGUAGGUAUUAAGGAUUUAAAUUCUAGACAUGUUGAUGUUAUAUUUUUCACAUAAUUAUAUAAAUUAAUUGAGCUUAGCUUUGAGUUAUAAUUCAAAUGAUUCUUAUUUUUUAAUGAAUCUGAUAAUUAUGUUGAAUUUGUAAUGAUUGUAGCUGUCAACAAUAUCCGAUAUUGUGGAAAUCAUGUUUAAAAGAAGCCAUCAUCCUUCUAUCAUGAGCAACCACUACUACAAGAAACAGUAGCAGAAAGUUUUAGAAUUUCAAGAAAUUUGAAAACAAUUCCUCAAAAACGGCUGCAAGUGAACCAAAGUGAUAGAAUCUUGGAAACCCUCUUCCUUUCCAAAUUCCCAAAGAUUGUAGAGAAUUAGAAACUAAUGACACUAGAUUAUGGUUGAUCAUUGAGGCUCAUUAGUGUCAGAAAUCAUAUGCCAACUUCCAGCUUGUCAUUUUAUACUAUGCGAUGUCCACCAAAAUGACUUCUCCAUUGAAGAUUUCAUUGACUUAGGAUAAUUACGUCUUUUUUUUUUUUUUUCUAAUCCAAUUCAUUUUUAUAAUCAUGUUUUUGACACAUCCAACUUUUUGAAAGUCUUUCAAGCUUGAAAUUAUGGGGACCCAAUAUUGGUCUCCAUUUGACAGAUUUUCUUUGAAAAUAAUGGUUCAUUUGAUUUGUUUGGAAAAGGGUUUGUAGUUAGGGGAAUAGCACAAACCUGCUUGAGCAUUAAUUUAUGGCUUGUCAAUGUCAGUGCCUAGUUUUGUAGUGUUCUUCAAGCAUUUCUAGCCCCUCGGGGUUGGAUUCAUAUAAGUUUCUUCAAUGGUACUAUUUAUACUUGUAAAAUAAGAAGUUUUACGAAAUCUAGCCCUAAGCGUUAGAGACGAUUUAGUAGGCUGAAAUUGAACUAGCAAUUGAUUAUCACUGAAAACGUAGUAAGUCAGCAUGCAUAUUAUUAAAGUGGUUGAAUUGCUAUGAACUUGUGAAUUCAAAUCCAGACACAUUAACCCGAUCAAAAUGAUAAGUUGCAUUGGUAUGCCAACUUACACUAAUAAAAAAAAGCUAUAAUACCUUUGCACGUAAAACUACCCCUAACACAGAAGAAGCUGGUGUUGUUAUUAGAGAUGAGGAAGGAAGGGUCAUUGCAGGGUCUGCUAAAAAGGCAAAUGUCCAUUCUGGUCUCGAGGCAGAAGCCAGUGCUUUGAAAGAGUGAGCUUCCCUGAAUCAAUGCAGCUAAAAAAGAUUGUGUUGGAAACUGAUUCCGAUCUUUUAUAUAGACAAUUAACAGGAAAGAGAAAAACAAAAAAUGGGUGUUGGAGAGUGUUCCCUUUUGAAAAGGAUAUGAUAUGCACAAAAAGAAGUUGAAAUUUGAAGGUUUUGGAUGUUCAUAGUGUUGUAUUUAUGUCGCCAUUAGUGAACUAACAAGGUUAAUUUGUUCACGAUUAUAUUGAUUAAUGUUAAAUUAAUGAGAAAUUGUAAUUAUACCAUAUCAUGUUGUGAUGGGUCGGUCUUUAGUAAUGGGAGGUCUCUUGCAUAUACCGAACUGGCCCUUUGAACUCAAUGGUGUGGUCAGAUGAGUACCUCAAACUUUUCAAUGUUCGUCUUCCUUCGUUGCUUGAAUGGCCGACCACCAUGAAACCUGCAGCAGCCACGCCACCGGCGACGCCUCCUCCCCCGGCAACGACUCUGGUGGUUUUGGCUCCUACCCACAUAAAGAUUCUGGCAGUAAGGAUUUUGAUAAUUAGGGAGACAACGUGGCUCAAUGAUGAUGAAUGAGAGGAAGGCAAUCGACCUUGCACAAGGAUGGGAACUUAUGCAAAAGGGAAUUACAAAGUUGAAGAACAUUCUAGAAGGCUUAUCGGAGCCACAGUUUAGCUCUGAGGAUUAUAUGAUGAUUUAUACAACCGUUUACAAUAUGUGCAUGCAAAAGCCUCCUCAUGACUAUUCUCAACAGUUGUAUGAUAAAUCUCGAGAAUCUUUUAAAGAAUACGUUACUUCAAUGGUACUUCCAUCUUUACGAGAAAAGCAUGAUGAGUUUAUGUUGAGAGAGCUGGUGAAAAGGUGGGCUAAUCAUAAAGUAAUGAUUAGGUGGUUCUCUAAGUCCUUCUAUUUUCUGGAUUUCUACUUUAUUCCUAGGAAGUCACUACCUUCCCUGAAUCAAGUUGGGCUUACUUGUUUCCGAAAAUUGGUCUACCAAGAGCUAAACGCAAAAGUGAGGGAUGCAGUAAUUUCUCUGGGUGAGCAGAUUGAUCGAGUUUUGUUGAAGAAUGUUUUAGAUAUAUUCAUUGAAAUUGGAAUGGGAGAAAUAGAUUACUAUGAGAAUGACUUUGAGGCAGCUAUGCUGAAAGAUACAGCUGUCUACUAUUCAAGGAAAGCUUCAAACUGGAUUAUAGAUGAUUCUUAUCCGGAUUAUUUGUUGAAAGAAUGUUUAAAACGAGAGAAGGAUAGGGUCUCCCAUUACUUACAUUCAAGUAGUAAGCCAAAACUGCUUGAGGUUGGUAUUCCUUUUGUUAUGUUAACCCAGUUUUCUAAAAUGUUACUUAAUAACGAGGACUCCGGAUGCCAUGCAUUGCUCAGAGAUGACAAGGUGGAGGACUUGUCAAGUAUGUUUAGAAUCUGCUCUGAAAUUCAUCAAGGUUUAGAUCCCAUGUCAAGCAUUUUCAAACAGCAUGUUACUGCUGAAGGCAUUGCUUUGGUCAAACAGGCUGAGGAGGCUGCAAGCAACAAAAAGGUUUUUAUGAGGAAAGUAAUUGAGCUUCAUGACAAAUACCUAGCAUAUGUGAAUGAUUGUUUUCAAAAUCAUAUUCUCUUUCACAAGGCUCUUAUGGAAGCUUUUGAAGUAUUUUGCAACAAGGGUGUUGCUGGAAGCUCAAGUGCAGAGCUAUUUGCCACUUUUUGUGAUAAUAUUCUCAAGAGAGGUGGAAUUGAGAAAUUGAGCGAUGAAGCAAUCGAAGAAACACUUGAAAAGGUUGUAAAGCUACUUGCUUAUAUUGGUGACAAAGACUUGUUUGCUGAAUUCUAUAGGAAAAAGCUUGCUCGAAGGCUUCUAUUUAACAAGAGUGCUAAUGAUGACCAUGAGAGUAGCAUGUUGACAAAGCUAAAACAGCAGUAUGGCAGUCAGUUCACCUCAAAGAUGGAGAGAAUGGUCACGGAUUUGACAUUGGCAAGUGAAAACCAUACAAGUUUUGAGGAGUACUUGAGCAAUGAUCCAAAUGCAAAUCCAGGGAUUGACUUGACAGUAACUGUUUUGACUACCGGCUUCUGGCCAAGUUACAACUACUUUGAUCUCAACCUUCCUGCAGAGAUGAUUAAGUGUGUUGAAGUUUUCAGGGAUUUCUAUCAGACAAAAACGAAACAUAGAAAACUUACUUGGAUUUAUUCUAUGGGCACUUCUAACCUUAUUGGGAAAUUUGAACCGAAAACAAUGGAGUUGAUUGUCACAACAUAUCAGGCCUCUGCCUUACUGCUGUUCAACUCCUCAGAUAGGCUGAGCUAUUCAGAGAUCAUAACACAAUUGAACUUAACUGAUGAUGACGUAGUUAGACUUCUGCAUUCGUUGUCAUGUGCUAAAUAUAAAAUUCUUAACAAGGAGCCAAGCAUGAAAACCAUCUCUUCCACUGAUCAUUUUGAGUUCAACUCCAAUUUUACCAAAAAAAUGAGGAGGAUCAAGAUUCCUCUCCCCCCUGUGGAAGAGAAGAAGAAAGUAAUUGAAGAUGUAGACAAGGAUAGACGGUAUGCCAUUGAUGCCUUGAUUGUGCGCAUCAUGAAGAGUCAGAAAGUUCUGGGGCACCAAAAGUUGGUUACGAAGUGUGUCGAACAGUUGGGCGGCACAUUCAAGCCUGAUGUCAAGUAUAUCAAAGAGCGAAUCGAGGACCUGAUUGCUCGAGACUAUCUCGAGAGGGACAAGGAUAACCCCAAUAUAUUCUGGUACUUGGCAUGAUGUGGCCUAGUCCUGAUGAAGUGGUGACUAUUGCUGCUUCAAAUAACUCAAAAUGGCCAGAUGUUGUCGGUUCAUGAUGAAAGUGGCAUAAGCAUAAUGAGAUGCCACCUGACGAGUGCUUUUGGUGAUUGCUAAGCAGGAUCUGAGAUGCUUGUAUGGUAGGAACCAGGUGUGGCCAAGUUGUAUAAAAUUGUGAAAUAAACCCGGAGAAAUUGUAUUUGAUCCCAUAGCGUGAUCGGGUGCAGCUAGUAACCAUCUGCUCUCUGGUUUCUUUUUACUGCAAAGCCUAUUUCAUGACUUAGUUGAUGCUUGUUUGUUUAUGACCCCGUUGUUCCAACAAAAUAAAACUCAAGCUGCAUUAUGAUUUUAAGUUGCGGAAAUGUUAGGAAUUGGUCUGUCUGAAUGCACCUAGCAUCUUAUGCUUUUGUCUAUGCUGUUCUUUUACAAGAUCACUUUCUUCCUUAGUUUAAUUAACCCCAUGAGCAUGUUAAUGAGAAAGUGUGGUGUGAGAAGCAUAUGCCAUAGCUGCUACAGGGUGCGAUCUGAAUGCCCAUUUGCUCAACGGUUUUACUUCGUUUAGGCAAGAAAACUCAAAUUCAGGGAGACAGAGUGGAAACUCGCACUCAACUUAUGAAGUAUUAUCUAUUUUGAUGUGACGGUUUUAUUUUACAAAAUGUGUCUCACAACUUUGAGAUUAAGUCUCUGCAUAUAUAUUAUUUUUUAUUUACACAUUUUUCUGAUGUGGAUUGGGGCGUCUCGCAGUUUUAUCCUAUAAAAGGUGUUUCACAAGUUUGGGAUUAAGUUUCUACAUAUAUAUUAUUUUUUAUCCACACAUUCUUCUAAUGUGGAUUUGGGGCAUUACAAUCUUUUUACCUUUGAUGUUUGAUGUUUCUGUUAAGUUGAGUUUAUCUAUAGGAUCAAGAUCACACCGGUAUAUUUUUAUUUAUCUAUACAUUUUUUAGAUAUGAAUUGGAGGUGUUAUAAUCUCUCUUUACAAUCUCUCCACUACAAUCUCUCCACCUUUAAUGUUUGAUGUUUCUGUUAAGAAUUAUUCUUUAUACACACCUUUUUCACAUUUUUUUGAUAUGAAUUUGGGGUUUUACAAUCUCCCUACUUUUAAUGCUUGAUGUUUCUAUCCACAGGAUCAAGAAUCACUCCACACAUUUUUCUGAUAUGAAUUAGGGGCGUUACACGCUCUUCACCUUUAAUACUUGAUAUUCAUUUUUCUUAUGUAAAUUAGGGGUGUUACAAUCUCUCCACCUUUAGAUGUUCCUGUCAAGUUGAGAUUACUCACCUUUAAUGCUUGAUGCUCCUGUCAAGUCGAGUUCAUCCACAGGAUCAAGAUCACACUAGAUCAUUGUAUAGCACUUAGUGACUCUCACGGAAGAUCACACAAGAUCACUAAGAUCACUCCACACAUUUUUUUGAUGUGAAUUAGGGGCAUUACAAUCUCUUCACCUUUAAUGCUUAAUGUUCCUAUCAAAGCGUUAAUGCUUGAUAUUUUUGUCAAGUCGAGAUUACUCUACAUAUUUUUCUGAUGUAAAUUGGGGGCGUUACAAUCUCCCCACUUUUAAUGCUUGAUAUUCUUAUCAAGUCUAGUUCAUCCACAAGAUCAAGAUCACACCAAAUCAUUAUGUAGCACUUAGUGACUCUUACGACUAUC